UUCCCUUCAGACUACCUGCUUUGUUCUCCUUUCCAUUAACAUGGCUGUGUUGUGCUUGUUUGUUCUCUCCGAUCGCUGCUGGUGGGGAUUGAAGUUUGGGUGCUUCACUCUUCUUGCUUUUUCGUGACGUUGCUGUUUAAGGGUGUAGGCAGAUCGCUAUCUUUAUUUCUCCUCUUCUACUCCUGUGCGUCCAUUGUGCGGGCUAUGAAUGAAAAGCUUCUUCUUCCUUUGAUUUUCAGAAUGCUCCAUUCUAUUAUGUGCAGAACGUUGCUUCUUCUUCUUUGUUGUGCCAUACGUGGAUUGGAAAUGGUGGUUGUUCCUCUUCUUGGUGAUGGGUUUGACUUGUAUCAAGUUUUGGCGAUUAGCUAAGAUUGGAUUUACAAUUGUAAUGGAUGAAAUCGGGGACUAUGGUCUUAAGAAGAAUAUUUUUGAAGCUUGUCGAAUUGUAUGCACACUAGGUAUUUGAUAAAAGGUUUGGAAGGAAAUGGACUUACCUAGGCAUGUGUUUCUAUAUCAUUUUGAUGAUGGAGAAGAAUUUAGAUUCUAUGUUGGAUUGACUGUGAUUUAAAUAUUCCUCAGAGAUAAAUUUAGAAGCUUUAUAGCUUCUAAUGACAUUGGAGAGAGGAUCGUUCGGAAAUAUUGAUGAUUAAGUUUGCUUGUUUUUAUGUUAGCACUAGGAUGCUUAUGAGGUGUUUGAUUGUGUUUAUUGAAUUGUUGGAGAUUAUUGUUAAAUGAUUUAAAGAAUAUAAGUAUGAAUUAGGAUAUUAAGAUUUUGGUUAAGGUAGUGGAUAUGAAUUAGAUGGAUCUAUUCUUACGUAGAAGAAUUUGGUUUUGUAAACUCGGUAAAAGAAAUGACAUUGAGAUUGUUUUGGGCUAAUGUGAAUCGGUGGAUCGUAACAUCUAGUGAGUUAUUGUGUUGGAAUUACAUGCUCUUUUGUGAGAUUUGGAAGGGGGAAAAAAGAAGGAUGCUGCUUAUAUCUAGACAUAUUAUGAUAAUGUAUUGAUUUAAACUCUUGAUGCAUAUAAGGUAUUUGUUAAAAGGUUUGAAGGGAAGUCAGUCAUUACUCUAAUGAAUUGUUGAAUGUGGCUAAAGUGAUAGGGAGUAAAUCAUAAUGUAUUGGAUGGGAAAGUAUUUAUAUAUAGGGUAGUGACUGAAUUGGAAGUGAAAAUUAUGGUUGAGCUUGGAGAAACUUAGAAGCAUAUAGGAUGGUACUUUGGAACUUUAGGAUAUUGUGGUUGCCUAUUGUUGAGUUAAUGUCGGAAGGGAGUUAUAUAGCUUAAAGAUAACGAAUGAAAAUUCUUUUUAUAUAUAUUUAUAGAGGGUGUGCGGGGAAAGAAAAUCUUGAUAAAAGGUGUAAGAAGUAAACUAUAGAACUUGGGAACACAUCCAAGUGACUGAAUAGCGUCUCAAUUAAUCAAUGAAUAAGAAGUUUGUUUUAUUUACAUUUUUUUCAAUAGAUUUACAUGCAUUUUAGUAUUGUUCUAAUUAUGACAAUAAUGUAUCAUUGGAAGCAAUUUAUUUAUUCUGGUUUGUUUUGAAAGGAAGUAAAAUUUAUUCUAGGAUUGAUUUUUUUUUUUUUUUGUUUUGAACUUAAAUACUUAAUUAUAAUGUUUGAACUAUGGCUUAAAUGAUUCUUGAUUAAAUUAUAUUUCAAAUAAGGUUAUCAUGUGUUUACUUUUAUAAAGGAUGCUUGUUAAAUAUCAAUAAUUUUUUUUAUAUGAAGAUAUUUGAGAAGUUGAGGAUUUUAUUCAAUUAAUAAUUUUCUUAGCUUUAUGCUACAAAUUUUUAUUAAUGCAUGGAAUGGAUCAUAAAUUUUUGGAAGUUAUUACUCCUUGGGAUUGAAGGGGCUGAGAACUGUUAAAUUUUCAAAGUUGUUUAAAUUCCAUGCAUGCUGGAAAAAUGUUUUCAAAGGACUGAGAAUAGAACACUAGUUGCAUAUGGCAAAUCUUUAGCCCUUGGUGCACCAUGGCACCCCAAGCUAGCAGGGUGAUUUAGAGGUGCUAGCCAUGUGUGGCAGACAACACAUGUGGAACGGAGGGUGGAUUUUCGUGACUAUAGUUCACGCCUGUUUUUUUGUGGGCCUUAUGCGCAUGCCUGUUCUCAUGGCUUCUGUCCACGUUGGAUAUGUUAUUUACUCUCAUGGAUUGUGUGUCCAUGCCUGUUACUAUUCCACGCAGGUCCUAAUAAAAAAAAUGGAAGUGUUUUUUUCCCCCCCUUCUUCAAACUCUUGUUGAUUGAUUUUCAAAUAAGCAAAGUUCUUGGAAUAUAUUUUUAUUUAAAAUAUCAUAAUUAAUUCUUUCGUUGUUUUCUUAUACUCCUAGGUACCUAUAUGUUUAAGCAGUGAAUAGUAAUAUAGUUGAUUUUUUUAACUGCUUGAGUGCCAAACUACUUCAUCCUCUUAAGGUUUAACAACUUUAUUAUUAUAUAGUUAUGUUUUAUUGUUGUGAUAUUAUUCACCAGAAAAUAUUUUGCUCUCAAAUCUUGCAGCCGAUCCUGUACUCCUACUUCUCAGUGAGAGGCAUUUAUGCUGAAUUGGAGUUGAAGUAUUGCUCUAAACAAUCCCCAUUUUCAUAUCCAUGGCCCGUUGGAGUGGAAUUUUGAGGAUUCCAUUUUAUCCCAAGCCCAGGACUUAUCAUAGAGUUGGUGCAUCCAUCUGUCUUUCUCCUGAAUCCAAAACAUUGAGUGUACCAUCAGCAAAUGCUGUCUUUUUCUGUGGUGAUCGAGUUGAAGGGACUGGCAAUCCAGUGAUUGACAGACUCUCAGAUUUACAGAAAAUAACUGAAAUUCUGGUGUCAAAAUUUGGUCAUUCCAUUAAUGCUUGGGUUAUUGAGGCUUCUGUUUUUAAUGGGCCUUUUGCUGUCUACGAUGAGUUCAUACCUCCUGUGAAUCAAUAUGGAGAGCCGAAGUUGUACAGUCCAGUUGGAUUUCCAGCAUCUACAUCAACUGUUGCACUUUUAUCAAAUUCCCUUGAAGAAGUAAAAAAGGCGGUGUUUGGACAGCAGGUAGAUUCACACUCGCACCCACGAUGCAAAAAUUCCUCCUGUUUUGCUCAUCCUAGGACAAUAAUCAUUGGAUUCAGCAAAGGUGGGACUGUGCUUAAUCAAUUAGUCACAGAGCUUGGCUUCUCAGAUGUUGGAUCCAAUGGAAAAUCACCCCAUUCGGGACAACCAGUUGACACAAAGUUUUGUGCAUUUGAUGAGUCUUAUAUAGUACCUAAAACAAAGGAAGCCUUUCUGAAUAGCAUAAAUGAGAUUCAUUAUGUUGAUGUUGGUUUGAACUCCACUGGUGCUUACUUAACCAAUGGUGAUGUGAUCAAGGGAAUCUCCAGGAGGCUAAUGCAAGGCGCUCCCAGAGUUCGUUUUAUGCUUCAUGGAACUCCCCGACAAUGGUCUGAUGAGCGGCGUGGUUGGAUACGCCGGGAAAAGGACACGUUACUCCACCUCCUUGAAUCUGAAGCUCACAAGACUGGGGGGAAAUUAGAAGUGUCUGAGAAGUAUUAUUUUGCUGAUAGGCCUGCAAAUUUGCAGAUGCACUUUGAAAUAAUUGAAGCAUUGGAUGUGAAUUAAUAGGUCAAAUAUAGUUAUACUCUACUCGCCAGCGAUUGCCACGCUGCUGAGAUGUAAUUAAUUUAUAA